UCAUGGAAAUCUCAUAUAUCCCAAAAGUAUUUUCUCUUUCAGAUCUCUAAUCGUUUCAUUUCUCCACUUCCAACCAUUGCAGAAAACUUCAUCUCUCAUUGGACAUCAAAAUGGCGAAUUCGUCAUCUGGAAUGGCUGUGAAUGAUGAGUGCAAACUGAAGUUUUUGGAACUGAAGGCAAAGAGGAACUACAGGUUCAUUGUGUUCAAGAUUGAUGAGAGUAUACAACAGGUAAUGGUGGAGAAGGUUGGGACUCCUGAAUCCACCUACGAAGAACUCACCAGCUCUUUGCCAGAUAAUGAAUGUCGCUAUGCUGUUUUCGAUUUCGAUUUUAUCACUGAUGAGAAUUGCCAGAAAAGCAAGAUUUUCUUCAUUGCUUGGGCACCAGAUAAAUCAAGAGUGAGGAGUAAGAUGUUGUAUGCAAGUUCCAAGGAUAGAUUCAAGAGAGAGUUGGACGGAAUUCAAGUUGAGUUGCAAGCAACAGAUCCAAGUGAGAUGAGCUUGGAUAUUGUCAAAGGACGAGCUCUCUGAUUAGAAUGCACCUCUUCAUUUCCAUAAUUGAACUUCUCCAUUUCCACAUUUUUUUAUGUUCCUUCAUGGGGUUUUGUUUAUUUGUAUUUUCACUUUCAUGAACUUAAUAAAGUCUGAAUUUUUAA